AUGGCCGAAAGUCAAGUCACUCCAGUUUCUCUCAAGUCUCAGUGGGCCAAGCAUCUAGUCCGCCUGAAGCUAGCAGAUGAAUUGAAUGAGCUUCAGUCGAGAUAUGGUUCUCUCUUCGGGUCAUCACCAUUACCCAUGCUGGGCCCUGGCCCCGUCACCCAUGAGAACUUGCCAACUGACCCAAUCUAUGAGGAUGAUGACACCAAAAACGCACUCCACGGAAGUUCGCCCCUCGAGUCUAUUGUUUUCCCACCUCGCAAGGUCUGCAUAAUCGGUGCUGGUGUGGCAGGACUUUACAUCGCCAUGAUCUUGGACGACCUUAAGAUCCCCAAUCUCACCUAUGACAUCCUCGAGUCCAGCUCAAGAGUCGGCGGCCGGGUGCUCACCCACAAGUUCAGCGAGGCUCCGCACGACUACUACGACAUUGGCGCCAUGCGAUAUCCCAAUAUUCCAAUCAUGGAUCGCACUUUUGAUCUGUUCAAACGCACCAAGGUGCCUCUCAUCCCGUACUAUCUUGACGGCGUGGCCUGCCCCAAACUCUUCAACGACCGCCUCUAUGUCGAGGGAGAGAAGGACCCUUAUCACGUCAGCGUCCGGAACGGCGGCUCAGUCCCCGAUGACGUUGUUGAUAGCGUCACGGAGCGUCUGGACAAGGCAUUCGGCCCCUUCAAAGAAGCCUUAGCCCGUGAUUUCAAAUCCGGCUGGCAAGCGCUCAUGACAGUCGACGACUUCAGUACGAGGGAGUACCUCAAGCGCGGCGGGCCGAAGGGCACAGAGCCCAAGUAUGAUUUCUUCUCCAUCCAGUGGAUGGAGACGCAGGACACCUCGACCAACCUGUUUGAUCAGGCUUUUUCGGAGAGUGUGAUGGACUCAUUUGACUUCGACUAUCCCCAGAAGGAUGUCAAGUGGUCCUGCAUUGAGGGGGGUACUCACCUGCUCACGAAAGCCAUGGAGAAAAGCCUGAAGACACCCGUGUCAACGGGUAAGCGCGUCGAGGCCAUUUCAAUCGACAGGUCGUUGCAUCAAGAUGGAAAUAUGCGUGUCAAGUGCGCUGGCGGAGACGUGAGAGAAGGCUAUAGUACCGUCUUCAACACGGCGCCUCUUGGGUGCGUCGGACGUAUGGACUUGACCAAACUCGACCUCCACCCUUCGCAGAAGGACGCCAUCCGCAGCUUGCACUACGACGACUCUGUCAAGGUUGCUCUCAAAUUCAGCGAGCCCUGGUGGAUAACCAAAUGCGGCAUCAAGUCCGGGGGGGUGAGCAGCACUGACCUUCCCCUGAGAACGUGCGUCUACCCGUCCUACAACCUACACGACGGCGAGCACAAGCCGGCCGUCCUCCUUGCCUCGUAUACAUGGUCACAAGACGCCACACGUAUGGGCUCUCUCCUCAACCGACCUGGCUACCCCCCAAGCGAGGAGGAGCUGGUGGAGCUCCUCCUACGGAACCUUGCCAAGCUGCACGAGUCGACCAUCACAUACGACGAGAUCAAGAAGGCCUACACGGGAGUCUACAACGCCUACUCGUGGUCACACAACCCCGACAGCGCGGGGGCCUUUGCGCUCUUCGGGCCGGGCCAGUUCAGCAACCUGUACCCGUAUCUGUCCCGACCGACUGCGGACAGUAAGUUCCACUUCGUCGGCGAGGCAGCGAGUGUACAUCACGCCUGGAUCGUGGGUGCGCUGGACAGUGCCUACUCUGCCGUUUACAAGUUCCUGUAUCGCUUCAAGCUCUAUCAUCAUAUCGCCAUGCUCCAGAGAAGAUGGGGCCAUGUGGAGGAGUUGGAGACGGGCAAGCACGGGACAGUUCAUCUUCAGGUUGCCUUGGGGGCUCUUCAAGCGAAGUAUAAGAUUCAAGUGUGA